CGUGUGUUUUUGCUGAGUUUAUUUUUUAAUAUUGUCCUGUUUAUGUUAGUUUAUGUUUUAAGUUAAAAAAAAUCGAUUCGCUUAUAAUCAAAAGUCGGCAAUAUUUGUAUCCAGACUGAGUUUUAGUUAUUUGUUUUCAUUAGUUUUACUGUCUGCGGUCUGAGAUGGACAGGAUGAAGAGUGUGAGCAACAACAAUAAGGGACUGUGGGACUGUCCACGAUUCAAGUACAGCAAGGACACUCAGGAAUUAAUACAAGUCAUGAUGAGAGAAUCACGGCUCACCAACUUUCAACAGCGACAGAUCAACACUGAGCUGAAGAAUGGUGGCACCUUACCACUGAUCUGUAAGCCUACAUCAUCUGCAGCAUCUACAAAACCAGAGAUAAGAAUCAGCAAAGGCCCAGUUGUCUCAUCCAGACCACAGAGACGCACCGCAGAGAAAUGCUGUGCAGGGGACAACUACACACGGGAGCGAUUUCGGCCCAGAGCUACACGUGACCUGGAAAAAGAGAAGCACAGGCUGCAGAACAUCCUCGCGACAGGUCAGGAAGAAGCACAGCCUUCGCUGUCCCACACAAGACCUCCUAACAGAGUGGAGGACAGUGAGAUAGACAGGUUCCAGGAGGUUCUCGAUGAGAUUGAAGAGAGAAGGCGGUUUUUGGAGGAGAUGAUUGCUCUUGGAAAAGGAAGCCAGUAUCAUCACAUCAUUAACACAGAAAUAUCUCAGAAAAUCCGUGAGCUUGAGCUGAUUGACAGGGCGCGCAGCGAGGCAAUGAGUAUGGAAGAGGAAAAAAUGAAGAAAGCUGAAGAGCAGAGUUAAUGUAGCAGACAAUAUUUCUCUCUCUCUCUCUCUCACACACACACACACACACUUCAAAAAGACAAACAGACAGACACACACAGACACACACACACACUUCAGUACUGCCUAGUUAACGGUCUAAGACACUACAUGAUUUUAGGACAUCUGUAAAUUGUUUAUUUUAUUGCUUGAAUGAUGACCCAUAUAUUUCACUGGAGUGAAAGACAGACAUUAAGUUUC